AAUACAGUCACUGUGUAAGUGGUUGGGGUCAUGAAUUUCGACCAUAUUAUCGCCAAUUGAACAUUGUCCGUGACACAUUACCAAACACACCAAUUUUAGCACUGACUGCAACAGCAACUGCACGGGUGCGCAACGACAUUAAAACAUCGCUUGGUCUGCAAGAUCCAUAUGAGAUUGUAACGAGUUUUGAUCGACCGAAUCUGGAAUUUAUUGUUCAUGAAAAAUCCGGCAAUGUAUGGAGUGAUCUUCGUCCAUGGGUCACCAACUUGACCGGAAGCGUGAUUGUUUACGUUUUGAAACGAGAAGAGGCCAAAGAGACUGCAGACAUACUUAAAAUGCAUGGUGUGGAAUGCGCUUGGUAUCAUGCUGGCAUAAAUGAUCGUGAUCGUAAAAAGGAAAUAGUUAAAAACUUUGUAGACGGCGAGGUGAAGGUGAUUGUGGCAACCACUGCAUUUGGUAUGGGCAUUGAUAGAAGAGACAUCCGUGCGGUUGUUCAUUAUGGUGGUUCGAAGAACUUGGAAUCAUAUUACCAAGAGGUUGGUCGAGCGGGUCGAGAUGAUUUGCACAGUAAGGUUGUGACAUAUUUUUCGCCUGAUGACUUUGACACACACGAUUAUUUCUUGGACAAGGAUGAAAAAGACAAGCAACUCUCAAUAUUUGUGAAGAAAUACUUACGUGACAUGUCCAUGUAUAUUCGUAAAUUUUUGCAUUCACCAAAAUGUCGACGCAAAAUGAUCCUUGAAUAUUUUGGUGAAAGCACCAAUUUGUUGACGGUUCGAAGCGAUUGCUGUGAUAAUUGUGCAAAAGGCCUUAGCACAUGGCGAUUGAAGGAUUUAUACCACUACAUUAGCAAUUCAGGCCAUUACAACUUUGAAACAGAUGCACGGAUCUUGUUGCGUACAAUUGAGGAACUAGAGAAGAAGAAUAUUCCACCAGAAAGAGAACGCAUUGUGCAGAAAUUGCAAGAAGGGGCUAAUAGACGAGAACCGUACUAUUGGAAUGCACUCAUUGAUCAGCUCACGUACAACGAUUAUAUCAAACUUGUUGCUGGAAAAACGCAAUUGACGCUGGCCGUGAAGGCUCGAAUGUGGUUAACCAAGCGCGAUAGACUGUGGCAGGAGCCAGUUGGAGCCACAUAUAGAUUUUUACGACCAAGGUCUGGCACACCUCUUUGGGGCACUCGCUGGAGCCGAAACUACAGAAAUGGAACAUCAAACAGUUACACCAUAUAUGAAGGACAUUCUUGUGUGGAAUUGUUUUUCGGUCAAUGCCAACAUUGCGGUUGAUUCCCAAGAGAUGCGAUUUUGUACACAAACAAGAAAUUCCCAAGUUUGAAAUUUCAAAUGAUCAAGAAAACAAUCUCAAUCACAAAAACCCAACUUAAAUCGUGAAACAAAAAUCAAAUGAUCUAAAUUUUUCGUUAUAGUCUCGUAAACCUGUAUUCGUACAAUUAUGAUAUAAGUAUCAUUUCUAUUUUCGUCAUUUUUUUAAUUCUAAGAGAGAAAUGUAAAGUUUACAUUGUAAACAAAACGUUGAUUGAAUAAAAAGUUAUCGUUGAAAUAAA